UCCGAGGUUACUAGUCCCUCCUGGCUUUCCGUUCACCAGGCCGGGGUGACGGAGUGAGCCGAGGCCGCCAUAUUGAGUAAGAGUCCCGGCUUCUAAGGGGGUCGGUGUGGUGCUGACUGUUCUGCACAGCAGCCUCGGCGGCUCCAGGGAGAAGCAAUAUGUUAAGGAUACCUGUAAGAAGGGCCUUAGUAGGCCUUUCUAAGUCUCCAAAAGGAUGUGUUCGAACAACUGCCACAGCAGCAAGCAACUUGAUUGAAGUAUUUGUUGAUGGUCAAUCUGUCAUGGUGGAACCGGGAACUACCGUCCUCCAAGCUUGUGAGAAGGUUGGCAUGCAGAUCCCUCGAUUCUGUUACCAUGAAAGGUUGUCUGUUGCUGGAAACUGCAGGAUGUGCCUUGUUGAAAUUGAGAAAGCUCCUAAGGUUGUAGCUGCUUGUGCUAUGCCAGUAAUGAAAGGUUGGAAUAUCCUGACAAACUCAGAGAAAUCUAAGAAAGCCAGAGAAGGUGUGAUGGAGUUCUUAUUAGCAAAUCACCCGCUGGACUGUCCUAUUUGUGACCAGGGAGGUGAAUGUGAUCUGCAGGACCAGUCCAUGAUGUUUGGAAGUGACAGGAGCCGAUUUUUAGAGGGCAAACGUGCUGUGGAGGACAAGAACAUUGGGCCGUUGGUAAAGACCAUCAUGACUAGAUGUAUACAGUGUACUCGCUGCAUCAGGUUUGCAAGUGAGAUUGCAGGAGUAGAUGAUUUGGGAACAACAGGCAGAGGAAAUGAUAUGCAAGUUGGCACAUACAUUGAAAAGAUGUUCAUGUCUGAACUGUCUGGGAAUGUCAUUGAUAUCUGCCCUGUCGGUGCCCUGACCUCUAAACCCUACGCCUUUACUGCCCGGCCGUGGGAAACAAGAAAGACAGAAUCCAUUGAUGUAAUGGAUGCAGUCGGAAGCAAUAUUGUGGUAAGCACAAGAACUGGAGAGGUGAUGAGGAUUUUGCCAAGGAUGCAUGAGGACAUCAAUGAAGAGUGGAUCUCUGAUAAAACCAGAUUUGCCUAUGAUGGGCUAAAACGUCAAAGACUUACCGAACCGAUGGUCAGAAACGAAAAGGGGCUUUUAACCUAUACCUCCUGGGAGGAUGCACUCUCUCGUGUAGCUGGAAUGUUGCAGAGUUUUCAAGGCAAAGAUGUGGCCGCAGUUGCAGGUGGUCUGGUGGACGCUGAAGCCCUGGUAGCACUCAAGGACUUGCUGAAUAGAGUGGACUCGGAUGCCCUGUGCACUGAGGAGGUCUUCCCGAGCGCAGGAGCUGGCACAGAUUUACGUUCUAAUUAUCUUCUUAAUACUACAAUCGCUGGUGUGGAAGAGGCAGAUGUUGUCCUUCUGGUUGGUACAAAUCCACGUUUUGAGGCACCACUUUUUAAUGCUAGAAUUCGAAAGAGCUGGCUGCAUAAUGACUUAAAAGUGGCCCUUAUAGGCAGCGCAGUGGAUCUCACUUACAGAUACGACCACCUGGGAGAGUCCCCCAAAGUUCUUCAAGACAUUGCUUCAGGCAGCCAUCCAUUCAGCCAGGUCCUAAAGGAAGCUAAAAAACCAAUGGUGGUUUUAGGCAGUUCUGCACUCCAAAGAAAUGAUGGGGCAGCAAUUCUUGCAGCUGUUUCCAACAUUGCUCAAAAGAUCCGGAUGAGUAGCGGUGUUACUGGUGACUGGAAAGUUAUGAAUAUCCUUCAUAGGAUUGCAAGCCAAGUAGCUGCCUUAGACCUUGGCUAUAAACCUGGGGUAGAAGCAAUUCGGAAGAACCCUCCCAAAGUGCUGUUUCUCUUAGGAGCAGAUGGAGGUUGUAUCACUCGACAGGAUUUGCCAAAGGAUUGUUUCAUUAUUUAUCAAGGACAUCAUGGUGACGUUGGAGCUCCUAUAGCUGAUGUUAUUCUCCCAGGCGCUGCUUACACAGAAAAGUCUGCUACUUAUGUCAAUACUGAAGGCCGAGCUCAGCAGACUAAAGUAGCAGUGACACCUCCUGGUUUGGCAAGAGAAGACUGGAAAAUUAUAAGAGCACUCUCGGAGAUAGCAGGUAUAACUCUUCCAUAUGAUACUCUGGAUCAAGUAAGGAACAGACUGGAGGAGGUCUCUCCUAAUCUUGUUCGAUAUGAUGAUGUUGAAGGAGCUAAUUAUUUCCAGCAAGCAAGUGAGCUCUCCAAGCUAGUGAACCAGCAACUUCUUGCUGAUCCCCUUGUUCCACCUCAGCUAACAAUAAAAGACUUCUACAUGACAGAUUCAAUUAGCAGAGCUUCACAGACAAUGGCCAAAUGUGUCAAAGCUGUCACAGAGGGUGCCCAGGCAGUAGAGGAACCAUCCAUAUGCUGAAACAUCUAGUAGGACCCAAGUUUUGCUCCAGUUAAUGGACAGUUAUGUUGGAGUGAUCGUUCAGAGGUUUAUCUCUUUGACAAAUAAUCUGAAAGAUGUAAUAUUUAAGGUUCUACCACGCUUAUUUGAAAAUGAUACUGGAAUCAUCAAAGCACUUCGAGGCUGCAAAAACAUUUAUGUAUUCUGUGUAAACAUUAAAUAGUUUAAUAAACAUGUAUACAGAGUGUUGUCAUGUAAAAGCAUUGAUAAUCUUGUGACAAAUAUAAAGAAAAUCCUUAAAAUAUUAA